GGUCACCCGCACAACUGGGAAAACUUUUCUCCACUGUAGUAAAGUUGACCAAGGUACAGGCCACCGCUUACAAGCAGGGUGGGCAUUAGGGAUCGGAGACCCGCGCAGCUUUUAUGUGUUUACUUAGCCGCUUUGUGCGCGGAGAUCUGUGAUCUUGCGUUAAAAAUCCACCUUUUGAAGCUGGAAUUCACAACACGUUACCGCGAGGAUGAGGAGAUUCCUCUGAGCACGGCUUAUAUCGUGGAUUUUGGUGGACAAUGUCAAGUACAACGCCUGAAUGUCAAAACCUGACCCAAAAAUCUCUUUCAAAGGAUGAUGGCUUUGUAGCACCCCAGGUUCUGGUAACUACCCCAAAGAAAUUAUUUGGCACGUGUGCGGUGUCAGCGGAGAACCAGCAGACCAUGGGUCCCCUUACUACACCUAAAAAAGGAAGAGAAGUAGGUUCUAUUGAUCCCUGGACGCCGACCUCCAACCUUAAAAUGCUCAUCAGUGCUGCUAGUCCUGAUAUAAGGAACCGAGAGAAGGAACUGUGCAUGGACAACGACGGGCGGGAAGGUCUUGACUGUACACCGGACACUGAAAAUGGAGAAGAGUCAGAGAAAAUGAUCAGCAGAAAAGAAAAGAGUCUGGGUUUGCUUUGUCACAAGUUCCUCGCCCGCUACCCAGAUUACCCAAACCCUGCCCUCAACAAUGACAUCUGCCUGGACGAUGUGGCCACUGAGCUCAACGUGGAGCGCCGGCGCAUCUACGACAUCAUGAACGUGCUGGAGAGCCUGCACAUGGUGAGCCGCUCUGCAAAGAACCGCUACACGUGGCACGGCCGGUCCAAACUGGCCCAGACUCUGGCCAUUUUGAAGCAUGUGGGCGAGGUGCACCGGUACGGUCAGCAGAUGCAGCAGAUCCGGCAGCGUCUCCUGGACAAGGAGUUCGACUUUGAUGGCGAGGAGAAGGAGAACAAGGAGGCCGUGGACUUGGAGAGCGGGGAGCAGGGACAGAAGGAGCUCUUCUUUGUGGAGCUUCCAGGCGUAGAGUUCAAAGCAGCCUCUGUUAACAGUCGGAAGGACAAAUCUCUGCGGGUGAUGAGCCAGAAGUUCGUCAUGCUCUUUCUGGUGUCAAAUCCUCGCGUGGUCAGUCUGGACGUGGCAGCGAAGAUCCUGAUCGGAGAGGACCAGGGUGCUGACCAAGACAAGAACAAGUUCAAGACCAAAGUGCGCCGGCUCUAUGAUAUAGCUAAUGUGCUGCGGAGCCUGAAGCUCAUCGAGAAGGUCCACGUGACGGAGGAGAGGGGGAGGAAGCCGGCCUUCGAAUGGGUCGGGCUCGUAGAAUUCCCUCAAGUCAAAGACUUGGAGCUCCCCACAUCCGAGUCCCCGUCAAAGAAGAAAAAUGUGCUGGAGACACGCACGUCUGUAGACAACUGUGCCAAAAACCUCUUUUCAUCACCCGGGACGAAACGCAGUUUCACCCGACAUCCCUCCCUCAUAAAGCUGGCAAAGAGCAUUCAGGACGACCGACGCAAGAUCAACUCAGCCCCCAGCAGCCCUGUCAAGAGUGCGCUCGGCGAUUCGUCAAACACAGACUUCCCAAACAAAAUGGCUCAGCUUGCUGCCAUCUGUAAGAUCGAACUUGACCAGGAGUCUGUGACUGGAGCUGAAAAUCCAAAGCCUGCUGCUGCUGCUGCUGAGUUGGACGCAGCUGCUGUGAAGCCACAGCCAAACUCCUCUAAUUCAAUGGAACCACCUCAGGCACCGUUACUGACUCCGACCCAGGAGCCCGGAGUCAGCACAACUGUCCACCUCACCCCCUGCACCCCGCUGGCAGCCCAGCCCGCAGGCUCCGUCGCUUACAUCCCAGCACAGUGUUCGCCCCUGAUCCCUGUGCUGCUACCUCAGCAGCGGGGGAGCGGGCCCUACGCCGUGUAUUUGCACCCUUCUUCCCUCAGGCCAAACCCUCUGGCCAGGCCGCAACCGACCAGCCUCGCCGUGCGCUCCAUGACCUUUGAGGAUAAGACUGGGCAGAGUCCGACGGACCAGUCUGCUGCUAAGAGCCAGCCGGCCCCCAGGGCGUCAGACGUCAGCCCCAAGGUGCUCAAACGUCUGCAUUCAGACUCGGCCAGAGAGAGCAGCCCCUCCAAAGCCAAGAGGGCCGACCACAACUUUAAGGACACCUCUCCAAAGCUGUGUGAUAUCCUUCAGGUUCGUCUCAAGGGCCGUCGCACCAAUCAGCUCUCGAGCCGGCCCUCCCCUCGCGCCCUCCACCUAGAUCCGGAGUUUGUCAACACCCCUGGUGGUGCUACAGCCAGCCAGACACUAGAGCAGAGCUUGGAGACCUUCCUGGACAGAGAGGAUAAGACAAUUAACUCCGACAGUGAGGCAGGAUUAACGCCAGUCAGAGCCGUACCCCUCACACCUGGACAUCUCCACACUGAGACUUUAGUACCGGCUGGAUACCUGAUCCCAAUCUCCCAGCAUUCCCUCAUCAGCUACAAGGAAACUCAAGGAUCAGGAGGAGAAAGCAACAAGGCCCCAACUCCCACUUACAACAUCUACCAAACACCAACUGCAGCAGGAUCCCGACCUGCCCCAGCCCAGGAGAUUACACCCACCAGUGUUCGCCUUCACAGACCCGCGGCUGGUGCUGCCGACUCUCCGUGCACCGCCCAGCAGUCUCGCCGCCUCCACAGCCCCAGUCCUGCCAUCAUCAACUUCACCAUGCAGAACCUGGGUCUGAUCUCAGGCUCCAGCCCAGGAAAUGCCUUCGCUGCCCCCCAGACUCCAGAGCGCGCCAACACCCUGUCCAGCCCGUUGCCGGGCCCACUGGCUCUGCAGCAGAGAGGCAUGGUUUUCAUCAAACCCGUGUCCCCGCUGCCUGUCCAGCAGUCUGUCUCUGCACAGCCGGUGGCCCUGAUCAGUGUCCAACAGCCUCUGAUGACCACCCCCAAAGGGACAGGGCUCCCCCAGCACAGCUUCUUCCACACGCCGGUCCCCCUCUCGCCUCUGGCUGCCGUGGUAACCACUGGUGGACACUCAGGCCCCAAAACUGUUUACAUCCCUCAGAGGAAGCUGGACGUCACCACUGAAGACUCCUGAAGGAGCCUCUCUGAUGUCUGUGUUCAUGAUGUGUGUAUGGGUCUUACAUAUGUGUGGUGGAUGGGUGGGUGUUUUGUUUUUUUUGUUUUCUGUCAGUUUAGCAUUUUACAGUAUUCAUUACCUCUGAACAUUUCACCGGCGGCCUCACUGCCUUCAUUCUUAUCACAGCCAGCUCUAAAAAUAGCUGCCAUGCAGACGUCGGCUGUGGCCCAGCGAAUACGUGGGAAUUAGAUUUCAGAACAGGUUUGCCAGAUACUCAUGAACACUAUUUUCAUUCUCAUUACGAUUCUGGUAGAAACUGUUUUCAUGGGGCUUAAAUCUUUGUAACCUAUUGGAGGAGAAUUUUUUUGUUUGUUUGUUUUUUUUAGUUAAUUCUGCUCGUGGGUGUUGUAAAUACAAUUUUUUCCUUUAAAUUUCCAAGAGUAGCAAAAGUUACAUCAGUGCUAUAAACAAUACACCUGGAUCAGGUGGAUAUUUGUUUGUUUUUGUUUUUUUACUGAAAGGCAAGUUUGAUUGGAAACACUGCUGAUUGACAUGUUGUCGCCAAGUAAAACCUAACAGGAUCACUUUUGCACAUAUUAACUGUUAUCCCCUCCCCUCUUUAAAAAUGGAAUUGUUAAGAAUAUGUGAAUAUUUGUGAUACAUUCUGAGACUAAUCAGACAUUUUGAUAUUGAUUUUAUUUAUAAGGAAAUUAUCUUUGUAAUGUCCUGCUUAAUGUAAAAUGCUAAAUAAAUUUUAAUGACUUUUUUUUUUCUUAGAA